AUGCCAAAGACGAGCAACGGUGAAACCCCGUUCAGUCUAGUAUACGGGUCUGAAGCAGUGAUACCUGCAGAAAUCGGGUUGCCAUCCCCAAGAGUGCUGUCAAUGAACGCCAUCAACAAUGAGGAGCAAAGAAGGCUGGAUCUGGACCUUCUAGAGGAAAGGAGGGAGAUGCCAGCAAUAAAUGAAGCAAAGUAUAAAACGAAGCUAGAGAAGUACUACAAUAGCAAGGUUCGAGUCUGCACCUUUAACCCUGGAGACUACGUCUUGAGAGACAAUGAGGCAUCUAAUGCCGAAAGACCAGGAAAAUUGGCUCCAAAAAUGGGAAGGACCUUACGUUGUUGA